CCCUCAGUGUUGCUCUGUCUGCCGGGUUGAUCUGUGUUAGACGAGUUCCGAGUUACAUACCGACUAUUUCUUUUACAAUUUUGAAGCUUAUCUCGCCUGCCCUUGGUGUGAUGCACGGGGUGAAUUAGCUGAUACGAUAUGGUGGCCAAUUCGUCUGAAAGUAACACCGAAGGUGACAAAUAUUCAGCUAAUCGCGGGUCUGGCACAGUUUCCAGCAGUAUGUGGUGGUUUCCAUGAAAUAAGUUUAUAAUGCUGAGCUGUAACAUCUAAAUAUUGAGUAGACUAGAGAAGUAAACAAGUGUGUAAGGCCGGUGGAGCACCAGGAUGAAUGGUGAGUUGCAGAUUGUGUGAGCGGUGAUGGCGGUGUGGCGGCGAUGGUGGUGGUGGUGGUGUGUGUGGGGCAUGGCGGCUGCAGUGGUGCCAGAGAGUGAUAACAGUGGGUAUGGCAGGAGGGAGUCGGGAUGGGCGGUGGGUAAACAGGGCGGGCCACAAUGCCCUGAGAGCUGCUCCUGCACACUACCACGUCAGGUGGUAUGUACUGCCACUUCUGGAGAAAUGUACCCACCUCAUCCACCUACUGAUACUACCACACUCAUCCUCGAGGGCUACUCCAUCAUACCCACACACCUCCUUGCCAAGCUUAAAGAUCUCCGCCACCUCAAGAUCAGUGGCAGUCAGCUGGAUAAUGUCAACAUCCUGCCACUCCUGCCUGAACUGGAGCAACUGGACCUUGCGAAUAACUGUUUACAAUCCCUUGGGGGUGGACAUUUUAAAUUAAACACUCCAGCUCUUACUCAUCUUGAUGUGGGACAUAACAGCCUCACAAUGCUCAAUGAUACUGAUCUACAGGGGCUUGGCCAUUUACAACUUCUUGCUCUAAAUAACAAUCCAGUUGUUCACAUGGAUGCCAAGGUUCUGCAAGGAUUAACUUCCUUGAAGUAUUUAGACGUCUCUCAAACAAGAUUACCCCAAUUACAUCAUCGAUGGUUGGAGGAUGCUAGUCAGCUCAAUUUCCUCAACAUCAGCAAUGCAAAUUUGUACCAGGUUCCACGCCUCCAUGGAAACCAACUGAGAGUAUUUGAUGCAUCGUAUAAUUAUCUCCAAAACUUACCAGAUGGCAUGGUAUCCAAUGCAUCUUGUCUUGAAAUUUUAAUCCUAAGCCACAAUCCCAUCCAGCAUAUUGGGUCUACAGCUCUUAUUGGGGCUAGUUGUCUACACGAACUUGAUCUCAGUCAUACUCAUGUUGUAAAUAUUGAUGAAUUUGUCUUCUCGGAGAUACCACUGUUAAAGAAACUGUACCUUGAAUAUAAUGAGAGAUUAGUGCGAGUGGAGCAUGGAGCCUUCACAGGUCUCCACAACCUACAACACCUCAACCUAGCUUAUACCUCAAGUCUAAUGGAAAUAGAAGAAGUGGCAUUUGAGGGACUUCCAAAACUUCGCUCUUUGAAUCUUGAAAACUCUGGUCUUACGGUGCUACCAUUAUCAUUUAGUAAACUAGUUAAGCAUAAUACAUCAGUCUUUCUCACAGGAACAGCACUUCGCUGUGACUGCUAUCAUUAUUGGCUUCCUGAAUUGCUCACAUUAGCAGACAUAUCAACUUGGAGUGGUGUGGAACCCCUAGAGUGCCACGAUGGUCAGUUCCAGAGCGUGGCUCAAUUAACAAGGCACAUAGAUUCGCUAGGCUGUGAGGCACCAAAAGCAGUUACUAAAUCGGGUAACUGGGUGAUAGCUCACGGAAGGCAGAGUGCCUUAUUGGAAUGUAAUGUGACUGCUCAUCCACCCCAAAAUGUGCUGUGGCUCACAGCCAACCAAGAAGUCUUCCGGCACAACGGUAGCAGGGACACUGAUGAAUGGACAAGUCACCAUUUACAACAAGUAGAAGAUGCAGCCACCACCCAUCCAGGCUUUGAAGUUUUAGCUUCAGGUCACUUACUGAUCCAUAAGGUGAUGCGAUCAGAUGUAGGAUGGUAUAAAUGCUUUGCUUACAACAGCAUGGGCAAUACAUCAUUGCUGGUGUUCCUUAGCCUGAGUGAUGUCCCAUUUCGCAACUUGUAUGCAGAAAGCCUUCUUUUUGGCUUCGCUUGUGCUGCCCUCUUCCUUCUGGUCACUCUUAUUGUUCAACUAGUCAACUACCUCUUCGACAGAAUGGGAUGGGAAUGUUGCUGCUGUAAAGACCGGGUAUCUCCUAAAGCUCGCCAGAUUAAGAAAUUACUAGAGAGUGUUGAGGCAUACAAGUCUCAGCAACUUGACAGAUUGAGAGAAAACUACAAUGGCCAGGUGGUGAGCAUCAAGGAAAGCUGCUAUCAGCAAAUGGAACGUAUUAGAGAGAGUUACAGUAGUCAGGGCAAAAAUCUUAGGGACCUUCGAGACUACAGUACACAGGGUCUUACAUCCCUGAGGGACCAGUACCUUGAUCAGGUCAAUAAGGUGCGGGACUACUCUGUAUCGCAGAUGAAUAGGGUAAGAGAAAACUAUGUGUUUCAACGCCACCGUAUUCGAAAAUUUAGUGCUCACCAACUACUAAGGCUUCGAGAAACAUACAAAUACCAACAGAAAACACUCAACAAGAUACUGGAAAAUCUGCCAGAUCUUUACCUGCAAAAUUGUAGAACUGGAGGAUGUCAACGUACAGACUCCAUACUGUUUGACGAUGCUCUUAAUGGAAUAGAUGCUUACUACAAAGUUGACUUCUUAGAUACACAGAGUCACAACUCUGAUUACUACACACCAGCAAGCACACUCACACGUUCAUUCCGAUCCUCAAAAGGCCAUGACCCUACUAAACAACAUUCCCGAACUUCUUCCAAUACGUCUUGCGAUUUUGUUGAAGCUCAACCUUGGGUAAGGCGUGACUCUAGUGCAGUAAGCGGGAACAGCCCAUCUCACACUUUCCCAGCACUCUUGAGAAGUCAUAACCGAAGUCUGAGUGUGGCUGGCCCUACUCCUUAUGUUUCUGAUCCUGUGAGGGUGCAUAAGCGUAGCUUAAGUGCCAGUCAUCCCUCCCACAAAGUAGCCCCAGUACCCGAGGUGAGGGGCAUUCCAGCAAGAAUUGCUUUACGUGAAGAAGCCAGUGAUUAUAAUCUAAGGACAUCGUUAGGCUCGCCUAACUCAGCUCCGGGUACUCCCACUCUUAUUGGCAGAAUAAGAUUAACGUUUGAUAAUGAAAAGUCACCCCUGUCUCAAGCAAAGGAUCAAAGUAUGAGUAUCCCCAGAGAAAACUCACCAAAAGUUAGAGAAAAGUCCAGCAACAGUGAUGAAGCCUUAUCUAGCAAUACUAGUGUGUGUGUAGAUUCUAAAGUUGCCAAUGACAGUGAAAAUGCUGUCCAUAAUGAGGAUGACACACUACUGACCACAGUGACUGAUGAUAAUUGCAGCAAUUCAUCAUCAUAUGAAACAUCCCUGUAGCAUAAGCUUGUCUCAGUAUUAAAUGAACUGGUGCAAGUAAUUUGUGUCUGGUUAUACUUCUAUUAGGCAUUAUUAGGGUCAGUAUCUUUCACAUACUGUUGUAGUAAUGGGAAUGUCAUGUAUUUGCAGUAAGUGAUUUAUUAUUACCAAACAUGCCUAUCCCAUAUUAAGCCCUUAAAAUUAUCAAGUCUAUGAGUGACAUAGUGAGACCACUUGUGCCAACGUUUGUUUGUAAUUAGAAGCCUGCAGAGGACUGGGCCUAAUUAAGUAAAGGCAGGAAAUUUCCUGGUCCCCCCCCCCCAUGCAGAUAUCUAAUUGCUAUUCUAACGUGUCAUUGCCUCAUCCUAAAUAUCAUUCAUAUAUUUUCAGGUUAGUGCCAUAUGCAAUGGAACCAAAUUACCAUCACAUUAUUUUUAGGGUUGUUAUUUGCAUAGUUAAAGAAUAUAAGUUCCAGUAGAAAAGAA